GAAGAAGUAGUUGGCUAAGCCGAAGAGGAAGACAACGGAGCAGUAGUAGAGGAAGAGAACGGAGUGGAGUAGUCGCUUAUUUAUAUUUUUUAUCAACGUGGGUCCGUAUUCAACUGUAGCUUUAUUACAAACAAGCAAACUCCCUCCGGCUUCAGUGAAAGAUCCGCGCUUGAGGCGAACGGGAGUACUUUACUGGUGCUCUGUUCUUUAUUAACUAAUCUAUUCUACUUGACAACUAAUCUAUUUAGUUAUUAAUUUUCAUUUUAUUUUAAGUAAUCAAUCAAAUUAAUAUUAAAUUGAUUAAUAUUAUUAUUUAGCUAAAUGAUAGUUUAAAAUUAUAAAUUGUAAAAGGUAGUAAUUGUACGGUAAUGCAACAAACGCAUAAAAAACUGUAACGACUGUGAAAAUUGUGUCAGAUAUAUGUCCAUGUCCUCAACCGGUUUCCGAUUGAUUGCACACGAGUCAAGAAAGAAAGGCCUUAUUCGGAAGCAACAGUCAUAAAAGAACCAGACUUAAGUUCGUGCGUGUGUUGGUCCUGUGGGCGCUUUGAGCCUCUCUUCACUAGAUUACUCGACAAAUUUUUUCUACAGAUUUAGAUCCGAGUUCGUUAACCCCCGCUUUGAAAGCGGAACCAAUGGAUAAAUUUUUCACCGUAGAAGGGAUUUUAUUUUUUGCUGAAGAAAAUAGUCGUGUUGAGGCUACAUGGCUCAAGGAGUCGAGGAAUAAAAGAGAAGAAGAAGAUAAAGAUAAAACAUAUUGACCAGUCAUUUUUUUUAAUUAAAUGAUGAAGAUGGAAGUCGUUUUGUCACCAGGAAGAUUUGGUGAUGACGGAACUCCCUUUAAAAAUGAAGAAAUUAGAGAAUGGUCCAGGAUUGAUCGGCUUACUGGAAUGUUAGAGCGUGCCAGGAUUGAAACGGGACGAUGGAAGACCAAAAAUGAUGACGCGGCCCGAUCUUAUGGCAAAGUAACAGACCAACGCGAACGUAAUUCUGUUGAUGGUAGCGUAACGCAAAAAGCCCAUAGACAAGUUGAAAUAUUCCAAAGUAAAGAACCAGGAAGAUCUGUACAAGUUGUACGUGCAUCACAAUGGUCAUCUUCGAAAGUUACCGAUGUUAUUGAAAGUAUUUUACCUCCGAGUGAUAGGUUGAGUAGAUUAGAAGAAUUAAAAAUAGAUAAUUGGAAGCUUCCAUCUUUGCGUGAUAUUCAUGCGGAACUAGAACGCGAUACCGAAUUAUCGGGCAUUAAAAAUACAAUAAAUAAUGACGAUAUAUUUAAAAAAUGUGCACUUAUUAAACGAAGUAAUUCCGAUGAUGAUUUAUCGAUAUUAAGUACUGGUGGAUCGACUAAAAAUGCGGAUUCUUUUACACGAGAUUGUAAAAAUAGAAGAUCGUUACAAAUUUCACCGAGUGUUAUUUCAAUAUCAUCAAGUAGUAGUGACGAAAGAAAAAAUAUCUCAAGUGGAAUUUAUUCUCCACUGUCAUCAGCAACUACCGGUAAUACAUCUGUAAUUAUCGGUGAUAAAUCAAACUACGGAUCGUUGAGAAAACCUUCGAUUCAAUCGUCGCCACGCACAAACAGGCCAGCAGUUACGGUAGUUAAUUUAAUAAACCCAGACAAAUAUCAAGAUGAUCCAAGGAAUAAAAAAAGCAUUGUCACUCUCCGAUCGUCGCCUAUUACCGAAGAAGAAGAUAUCAAGACAUUUGAUAAUAAUUUAAAUGUUAAAAACAAGACAAAUUCUUCUGGUGAUGAAACAUUGCCGGGACGUAUUAAAAAAGUUGGAUUUUGUAAGACUGAAAUACAUUUUGCAGCAGAUUCGGGUAAAGUUAAUAUUGUUGAGACUGAUGGUAAGCCACCGCCGACUAACCGUUUUCGUCGACGUAAAAGGAAUCAUAAUUACUCGUCUGGACAAGGUAGUUAUCCUCGGCGGAUGAUAAUUAAAGAAAACCCACCUGAUGUUAAACAUAAUAAAAUAUUGGACGAUACUGGCGCUUAUUCAGUCGUUGAUUUAGAGACCAAAAAAUUUUGGACACCUGAACGGGAUGGUAAAAUUCAUACGACGAUGAUCAAUGUCAGAGAUAAUGAAGAAUUGAAAAAAUCAAAAGAGUUGUCGUCACCAAAAGUAGUAUCUGAAGUAAUAUCACGUAGAAACAUCGACCAAGUUGACAAUAACAUAGUAACAAAAGACGCAGAUAAUAACCGUGUUCUUUCAACUAUCGUUACAACUCAUGAAUCAACAAUUGCACGUGUCGAAGAUAAUGUUCCAAAGAUUAAAAAACCCGCUGAUGACUUAAAUAGAUUCACGUCUUCAUUGCUGCGAAGAAAUAAAUCUAGCGGAUUGAAGCGUGCGUCGAGUGUUAAAAGUGAUACGAGUAAAAAUUCCCUGACUAAAAGAUUUAGCAAAGACAAAGAAAAAGAAAAAAAUAAAGACUUUAAAGAUCCCGUUUAUAUAAACGUAUUCAGAGGUAAUCGAACGCCGAUCUACGAAAAUUACGAGCCACCAGAAAAGUCUGCGUCUGAGUCAGAGGCCGCAAUUGCCAAGACCAGUGUUGAUAAAAAAAAUUCAUUUAAAAUUUCUAACAAAUUGGGCAAGCGAUCUCCGGUAACUACGACACGGUUCGCUACGUGGAGCGGAUCUAUUGGAAAAUAUCCGCGGGAUUUGACGAAAGCUAAAGUUAUUAAAAAAAUUAAUUACAGUAAUAGUAAUAGUAAUAAUAACAGUAAUAGUAGUAAUAAUAGUAGUACUGAUACCGGUAAAUUUCAACGGAAGUCAAGUCCUACGAAUGAGUCAAAGAGAUCAGAUAUAAAAACCGGAUCAAGACCGAAGAAACCUAUGGAAGUUAUUUAUCGCACCGCGGUUUAUAACAUGAAGAAUGAAAAAUUAUCCAAGCCAACCAAGGGAAGAGAUACUAAAACCCCACCACGGUACAUCAAUGAUCUCAUCUGUGGUAACAAAACCAGUCGUCCGAGUAACUCGAAACAUAAAGGCUCAAUUUCUCAGACUAACAAAGAAAUACAAACGAGCCACUGGAAAUAAAUGCUCAAUAUUUCGUUUUGCGUGGAUUUAAAAAUUCAGCAAUAAAAUGAAUUCGUUAUUACAUCAAUAAUUAAUGCUAAAUUAAUGCGAGUUAUUAAAUAAUUAAAAACAGUUGUUAACGCUUUUAUAUAAGACUUAAUGAAAUGACAUUAGAAAAAGAUUAAUGAUGAUUAAUUAACAAUUGUAAGACCUUUAAUUUAAUUAUUUUAUAUAGAAAUAUUUCAUAUAAGUUAUCAAGAA